AUGGAGGCGACAGAGCUCGACAACGACACCAGGGGGUGGAUCAUGUGUAUCGUGAGCGGAAUAGCUUGCGUUGUUGGUGCAUCUAUUAUCUGUGUCGAUUUGCUUGUGCGCUACAUUCCUGGGAAACGCAACUUCAGGAUACAAGACAGCAAUGGCUUUCUGGCCUGCUCACUAAGCCUGAGCUUCGGCGUCAUGCUCUACUCGGCGUUAAACAGCAUGCUGCCGUCCGCGAAACAGUAUCUUAAGGAGGAUGGGUUUCAGGAUCAGCUGGCAGGAUUCCUUAUGAUGGCCUGCUUCAUUGGGGGCUUUGUCGGCAUCCAGGUCAUUUCACGCCUGCUGCACCAGUACAUGCCGUCGCAUGUUGUCGACUGCGACCACACGCACGACCACAGCGAGAGCGAUGCUCGAUCGCGCAGCCAAAGCAGAAAGACAUCUCUGUACACCUCGAGCCGCCGGUCGUCUCGUCGGCCUCUUCUCGAAAGCGUCGCAAAGAAUGGCCAUGCCACCGAGUCUACUCCUCUGCUCAAUGGAGGGGUGGCGCAAGAAAACGGUGCUCCCCUCGUGGCUAAGCGCCACGCCUCAAGCAGAGGCAACCUGGGCCUCAACACCGGGCAUUCGACACCGGCCCGGACCUCGCGGAGCCGUGGUCCCACCGUCGACAGACGACCGUCCAUGGCCCAAGUCCAACAGCGGGUCAUGUCCUUCGUCAAGGACACAAAAACCAACUGCGAUGAAGAGGGGCCGUGCUUUGGGUAUACCGACCCAUGCGGUCAAGAGUGCUUCAAGCACUUGAGCAACCGAUCAUUAGCAACUCUGAGACAUCCGACUAUGCUGCGGAAGAGCACGGGGAGCUUCUACGCUCACAGCCAUGCCGACCUGGAGGAUCUGGAAGAGGGCGGCUCUUCAUGCGACUCGCCAAUCAGCGGAAAUUUUCCCGAGGGUUUCAUCACCUACGCAACAAACCACGCCAACCCCACACUGGGCUUCAACGUCUUUAUGGCCUUGUUCGUGCACAACAUCACCGAGGGCUUCGCCAUGGCGUUGCCGCUAUACAUGGCGCUUGGCAGCCGUAUGAAGGCCAUGUUCUGGGCCGCCGUUCUGGGCGGUCUCAGCCAGCCCCUGGGUGCGGGCGUCGCCGUUUUGUGGUUCAAGCUCGCCAAGCACACCCACCUCACCCCCAACGCCGUCGCGUACGCCUGCAUGUUCGCCAUUACGGCUGGCAUAAUGGUGAGUGUCGGUCUGCAGCUGUUUGUCGAGGCGCUCGGCCUGAACCACAACCGGAACCUCUGCAUCUUUUUCGGAUUCAUGGGCAUGGCUCUGCUGGGCAUCACCAGCGCCAUCGCCUCUACGCAUUAA